UCUUUUUUUUGUUUUUUUUUCUUUUUGCAGUUUGUCAGACUUUGCAUAGCCAUCAAUGUCUGAAGAAGUCACUUACGCAGAUCUAAAAUUCCAGGACUCCAGUAAGACAGAAAAUAUCCAGGAGUUUAACAAAUUUGGGAGAAAAGCACCACCUGCUCCUUCCCACGUAUGGCAUCAAAGAGCCUGGGCUCUUGUUCUUCUAUGCCUUUUGCUGCUCAUUGGACUGGGAGUCUUAGGAAGCAUAUUUUACAUAACUUCGAAGACAGACAUGGAAAAAUUGAAGAAACUGCAAAAUUUCAAAGAAGAACUUCAGAGAAAUGUUUCUCUACAACUAAUGCAUAACAUGAAUAGUUCCGAGAAGAUCAGGAACCUCUCUAUCACGCUUCAAGAAAUAGCCACCAAAUUGUGUCAUGAGUUAUACAUAAAAAAAUCAGAGCACAAAUGUAAACCUUGUCCAAAAAGAUGGAUGUGGCACGAGGACAGCUGUUAUUUACAGCUUACACAAUGGGAAACGUGGCAAAAGAGUGACGAGAUAUGUUCUAACUACAAUGCCAGCCUGUUGAAGAUUAAAAACAAAAGUGUGUUGAAUUUUAUAAAAUUGCGGAACUUAUACCACUAUUGGCUGGGAUUAUCUCCCAGCAAAGAUCACACAAGCUACAAGAAAUUGGAUGAGACAAUUAUCUCCUCUGACUGGUUUACAAGAAAUACAAAUGACUUAAAUGAUUGGAUAUAUUGUGGAUAUAUACAUGACCAAUAUGUUUCUUAUACUGAGUGUACUGAUAGGAAAAAUAUUAUAUGUGAGAAGCUGGCCAAUUCAGUGAAGAUUGAGAGUAUACUAAUGAGUGAAGUACCAGAAGAAUGAAUGUAGGAGUAGUUAGUGCAACUAUUGUGCUCCAGCUAUUAUCCUGCAAUUAAAGGCAACUUUAGGGAGCACACAUCUGUGGCCCACACAAAUGGAAUAAAGAUGCAGUGA